GAUGAUCAAUCUGGAUGAAAGUGCCCCACGCUGUGUUUGUGCAGUCUUGACCGAUCGACAGCUUUUGGGCAUCUUAAGCUCCAGUUCCAUGACAGUUUUGAUGGAGCCUCGGAGGUUCAAGAUAGGGUUCUGCAAGGGCUCUAGGCACGUCUGCGCAAUGCUGGGCCGACUAUCCGCUCGUCUUGAGAACAUCCCGAUCGUUCGCAAGAGGUUUCGCAAAGGAAAUCCCUGGAUACGAGAACCUGUGUCAACUGGUGGAAAUGCACUCCAGACGACGAGAGCUCUGGAACUGAAUUACAACAUCCUACGUGUGGUACUCUUGUGGAUGGAUACUCCAAAGAUUUCUGUGAAGCGCCUCGAGCCCGAGGUGAUCCACCUCUUCAAGAAGAUGGGGCACAUCCCUGAGGAUCGGAAGCAACACUGGAUCGACGCUUGGAGUAUUCGAACAAUGCUAUCGCGGCAGGAUUGGGCUGAUCAGUUGAGAACGGAUCGGCUCGACGAGCCGGAGGACCCCAAUGAAUACGAAGAGGAGGAUGACACUCCCCCAAGGAGGGGCGGCAGUAGCUCAGGGGGGAAGGAAGAGGAUCCGCCACGUGGGGAGGAGGCAGCUGCUAUGAUCGAUGAACAGGAGGAAGACCCCGAGGAAGGCGAGGAAUGGGAGGAAGGAGAGGAAGAGGAGGAAAAGGAAGAUGAUCCGAUCGCCGACGAGCCCUCCGAAAGCUAUCAUACGCAGCAUAAGCGUGAUCAGUUAAAGGCCGUGCAAGCCGAGAUCGCAGCUUUACAAGAAAAGCUGGCCCCGCUACUAAGCAUUAUUUGUGUUUUUGCAUGUCCGGAAUGCUGUAGUAAACCCAUAUAUAUUUAUAAGUAA